AUGUCGAGCAAUCCAUCGGUUCUGCAUGAGCAAUUCAACGACCAGGUGUUUAGCUGGCUGUACAACGGCGAGGAUAUCUCCGUGAGGCAACGAAGCCUCCUUUUCGACUGGCAGCAGCGCAAUGACACGUGGGGAACACCGCUCCUGGCAAUUCUCUCAGGCAAUCUCUGGGAGGCCCCUGAAUGGAUGUUUCACCGGAAAGUGGCCCUCGCCCGAUGGGCCAUUGGCCUAGGGGCACGACCCGAGCAUCAUGCGCCACUUGUGUGCGAGUGGUGGAUCGAGUUUCCAUGGGAGGAUGUAGUCUUGGGAGGCAACUCCGCCAUCUCUUUGGUCAGCAACGCCCUGUACCUGGGUGCAGAGAACGAUUACCCGCACACCAGUAUAGCGAUGCUUCGGCUACGCGUCUUCCGGGAGGUCUUUGCUGCAGCGACUUUUGCACCUACAAUGCAUCGCGUGGAUGUGCGGGCUUCGGUGCCGCAGUUGUGGGAAAGGAUCCUCAAAGACACCAGCAGCACGGACUUCGAGUUCGUGACAGCUUCAGGUAGCGUCCGCGCCCAUGUGGCGGUUCUGCGAGAGGCUUGUCCCAGUCUUCCUUCAAUCAAGGCGCGUUCUUCUCCUGGUGACAUCGUCCGGGAGGAGGUGCCGUACAGCCAGGCCGCAAUGAAACACUUUACAUCACUGCUGUACUGCGGGUGCUUCGCAGAGGGCCUGCAAAUCUAUGAGGGUGACUGCUCCACUUUGGUCGAGUUGGCAGAUGCUGCCUUUUGCUUCAGCGCGCAGGCGUUUAUUCCAAUGCUGUCAAUGCACCUCCGGUGCCAGCUCCAGCAAGAAAGCUUCGGACCCAUCUGCAGCUUUGCCCUCCGCCACGGUCAUGACACUCUGCUCGAUGACUGCCGCUACUUCGCUCGGCGCUUCUUCGCUGAGGACCGCGUCUUGGCGACGAGCCAUCGCAUAGGUACAGAGUCUUGGCAAGAUUUCUGCGACAGAAUGCCUUCAAGCGUCCAGCGCUUCUUGCGCGCCGAGGUCUCUUCUGAGCAUCGGUUUGCAGAAUAG